AUGAUAAACAACGGAAAAACUCACAAUUUUGCAGCAAUCGCUUUCCAGAAGACACAUUUUCAGAUCAGCCCUAAUACCGGCACACGCCGAUUGAUCCGCCAAUCUUUCAUUUUCUUCAGUAUAUCGCAUCAUUUUGACGAAUUUACUUACAAAUUACACAAUUCAAAUGAAACCAAAAGAAUUUUUGCGCUUAUUUUGGCCCCUUUUCAAUGUUAUAUAACCUCAAAGAACAGAUGACUGUCACAAAAACAAAACAUAACCGCACUUUUAUAUCCAAAAAGUCGAUUAAUUAAUCUUAGAUACUCAAAAAAAUGCAGGUAAUUGACGAAAUGUGCCGGGUUUGUCUUGGCAAACACCGCCUUAACCCGAUCUUUGAAAAAAACCGUCCAGAAAAAAUUGUUUAUUGUGCUUCAGUUCAGGUAUCAAUCGACGAUGAGUUACCAAAGAUGAUAUGUAAUCAGUGUUUGUUUUAUCUGGAUGUGGCUUACUUAUUUCGGACAGUAUGUGAAGCCACUGAUGCUAAACUUAGGAAACAUAUUUCUCAGCUUAAAGAAAAAGCAGUGCAAGACAGUUCUGAUGAUUUUCACUUUAAUAAUUCUCCAGUCGCACACGAAGUCGUUAUUGGAGACGACGAUAAAGAAAUUGAAAUUAAUGUACCGCCACCUGAGGAACAUCCUGAAAAAACAAGAGACAAACCAAAAGUAGGGCGCCAUGUUGCGAAAAAAAAUGCCGGAAAGUACCCCCAACGUGUCCCUCCUUUACACAACACCCCAAACAGUAAAAGAUCCGGGGACAAAACCUACCAAUGUACCACAUGUGAUAAAUUUUUCUCCUUCAAAAGCCACUUAGUCCGUCAUAUGAGCGUCCAUUCUGACAUAAAAAAAUACUCAUGUUCCUAUUGCAACAAAAAAUUCAUCAAUCGGUACAACCUAAGCGUCCAUUUGCAAAAACACACCGGAGACUUUCCCCUCAAAUGUAAAAUAUGCAACCGAGGUUUCUCUUCCCCUAGUCUUCUCAAACGCCAUUUAAACUCUCACGCUGGUACCCCCAAACUCCAGUGCAAAUACUGUCCCAAAAAAUUAUUAUACGCCAGUAGUUUAAAACUACACGAAAAAAUGCAUCUCUACCGCCCUUCCUACACUUGCGAUGUUUGUUUCAAGGUUUUCGCAUACACAAAUUCUCUCACUGAGCAUAAGAAAACACAUCAAGGGAUCAAAGAAUUCGCUUGUGGUGUGUGCUACAAGACAUUCACUAGAAAAACAUCAUUGCGAAGACACGCAGCUGGACAUUCGCAAAGAGGAAGAAAAAAAAAUCAGAAUAGUAUUUAAAGCGUAAUAAAAUUAUUUUAAUAAAAUGUUUCUCUUUGGUACCACCCUUUCGGGUAUUUUCUUAUAUGCCACUUGCGGUAUUCAUCGUAGAGUAGUAACA